UGUAUGUAAUAUGAACGUAGCACGGCAAAUAAGUGAAUGCGAGUGCGAUUUUGCUAGUGCGAGUAGUAUUAUGACUGCCACAGCGCGAAUGUGGAAGCACCGUCAGCGUAGCACUAGCACCGUGGCACCUCAAUCGACAACAUAGUCCGGAAUUGCCGUGAGCCGUGUAUCGUCGUCGGAGUCGUCGUAAUCGCCGUAGUCGGGCCUGUGACAGGCAAGAAAUAUCAAAUAAGCAAACAAGUCAAUAAAUUAAAAAAUAAAUACAUAUAACCACAUAUAAAUACAAAAACAAAAACACUUGGGCGAGAAAAAAACAAAACGAAAGAAAAGUGCGCGAGGAAAAAGUGAGCGACAACGGAUAGAAAAGAUAAUGAAAAGGAAUGCAAAGCGUAGUGUGCAUACAAUGUGGACUGAAGUGAAGUGAAGAAGCGUGCCGGCUGAAGGAAGCAUAAGUCGCGCGGCAAAAUGGUUAAACUAUUAUUAAGGUGAAUGUGCCACAAAAUGUAACCGGAAAAUUAAGCCGCAGUUAAUUCGACGUGAAAAUCGAAAAAAAUUAACAUAUUUCAGCCAAAAUCAAAUAGCACUCUGAUUUAUUUCUGUUUGAGUUUUAAAUGUUACGAACUCGAUACUUUACUCGCUAAUUCUAACAACGAAAUUUUAUAAGUUAAUCGAAAAAAUACAUAUUGAUGCAAGUUAAUAAAAAUAAACGUGGAAGAAAUUUUGAGAGAAUAGACUCAAAAAAUAAAUCUCGAAAUAUAUUAAAUUAAAUUCUCUAAACACAAAACAACGAGAAUCACGAAAAUAUAUACCAAAUUAAUGCGAACAAAUUUUACGAAAAAUUUGCUGCGCUGAGCGAAAUUAGUUAAAUGUGAGUGAAAUUUUCUAAGAAAAAAUAUUAGCGGUAAUAUAACAAAAAAUUAAUACAAGUUUUUCAGCGCCCACAAUUUUUCAUGUGGCAGUGGCAGUAUAUCCCCAAAGGGUAUCAAAAUCAUGCACAGAUAUGCUUAGAUACCGAGAAAAAUUGCUUUGAGGCACAAAUUAAAAUAAAGUGCUUUCCCUAAGUAAUAAAAAAAAUAACAAGACGCAAAAAACAAAACCUAUUACAAAAGUGUUCAAACGGUCUUUAACAUUAUGUAUUGCUUAAAGUAAGGAUGGAAUUUAAAAACAUAUUUAUAUAAAGGACGCCAGAAAAGCUUAAGAUUUAAAAAAUUAAAAAUGUGUGCGAAAAUCGAAUUACCUUUUGUUAGGUAAAUAUUAAAAAUAAAAUAAGAAUAAUAAACAAAUUUCGACUCCAAACACCAUUAAAGUUUUACUAUUAGCCAACGCUAUUUUCAAAAAAUAUUGUAAGCAUAUGAAAAAAUAUUUAAAGGCACACUAAAAAUUAUAUUCGAAAAUAGUUUAACACAGGUUAAACAAUCCAAAAACAAAGUAAUUGAAAAAAGUUUCGAUUAAAACAACAAAAGUAUUGGAUACUAAUGCAAAUUUAAAAUAAAUUCAAUACUACAAAUAUUUCGCUGUUUUGUGGACUUCAUCAAUGGUCGCUUCUCGUCGUAAAGCGUAGCCGAAUGCGAAUCUUAAUUACAUGCAAAAUAAAUGGGUACAAUGAGGCCAAAUAAAUACGAUGUUACCACAGCUUACGGUCUAUGCCAAGAUUAUUUACCUCCUGAUGGUGGUGAUUUCGGGUGCAUUAUGUACAGUAGAAGAUUAUGUAAUAAUGUCACAGUGUGCACACAACAAAGCCAUACAUGUAGCUGCGGAAGGAACAGUCUCAGUGACAGACAUUUCACAGACACAAAAUAUAACGAUAGUCGGCCUCCCGGACUAUGUGAACAACAAUCUCAAAAUAGCACUGUACGCAAAAGAAACACAACGGUACCUGUGUUUCAACGAUCAGUGGAAACUAGUUGGAAUGAAAGAACUGCGCGACACCUGCUACUUCAACGAAACCAUCGUACACGGUUAUUUCGUGUUUCGUUCCGUAGUCGAUCUGCAGCGACGUGUCGGCUUCACGCACCAAGGUAAGGCGGUCGGGCCGAAGAAGAAUGUCAACGAUGCCUGCUAUUUGUUCACAAAGAUACAGGCCGAUCAGUUUUUCCAUCAGCACACCAACUAUUUUGCACCGAGAGCGAAGAACACCAAAAACAUCAGCGGCUUACAAACAACAGCAACAACGCAUACGCAUACGACAUCAGGGGCCUCAGCAAGAUUGUCGUCACAGCGAGCGGCGCUCUCGGCGGCGGCAACGGCAACAGCCACCGCAACUGCAACUGCAACAGCGUCGCAACGCAGCAGCAAUAAGAUAUCGCGUAAUCGCAGUAACAACAAAAAUAAGCGAGUGAAUGAGAUGCGCGGCAAUAGCAGCAACAACAAUAACGACCAAAAUGAAGAGUACACUUAUGGCCAUAGUAGCAAUUUAAGCAGCAAUAGCAACAAUAACCAGAGCAGUAGCCACCACAACAACAAUAGUAGUAAUUUAGUUAGUAAUAGUCAGCAGCAGCAACAUCAAAUAGUUGUAAGUCAGCAAAAGCAUCACAACAACAGCAACAGCCGUACACGUGAGCAUGUUCGCCAACAGCAGCAGCAGCAGCAGCAGCAGCAUCAAGUGCGGCAUCACCACAACGAUCCAAAUUUGAUUGCGCGCCGCCACCAACAUGAGCACAAGCAGAAGCGUCGGCAGCAUCAGCGACAGCAGCAGCUGCGCCUGCGUCUGCGCAGCGGCAAAAUAACUAGUCCAGCAGCAGCAGCAGCAACAACAACAACAGCAGCGCAGGAGCAUGCAUCAGCGGAAACAACAACGCAAGCUGCUCUCGGAGUGACUGCGACGGCAGCAGCAGUGGGCGGCGGUUGGAAGGAGCGCAAGCGCAAUAAAAGCGUUGACGCACAGGCAGUUGGGCAACAAACUGCAACGGCGAUGAAUGCUGCUGAGCAGGGCGCGACUGCAACUACAACAACUAUGAAAACAACUACAAUUGCGAAUAAACGCAAGGGCCGACGAAGAAAAGUAAGGAAGCAGAAGAAACAGCAGCAGAAGCUAGAGCAGCAAAUGUUGCCACUACGUGCGCGUCCGCAGCAAACGCGGCAGGACGACGCCUCGCCAACGCAAACCACAUGGUGGUGGAAUGAGUCGCCGACGCCACCGCUCUUCUCGUCGUCCACUUCGCAAGCGCUGGCAGAUGGUGUGAGCAGCAUUUCGUCGGCAACAACAAACGGCGAUUACAGCGGCGAGUGGUUAUCUUCGCCAACUACAUUCGCCAGCACAGCAGCGGCAUCAGCAAGUCCACUGGAUGCCUACACAGCCUCAUCUCCAUCGUUGUUGUCGUCAUCGGUGUCGUCAAUUGCGUAUUCGGCGUCAACAACCGAUGUUACUGACGGCUUUUCCUCGCUCACGCCUACAAGCGACUAUAGCAACUUCACAGAUUUUACCAGCGGGGCGUGGGCAGAUGAGGCACUCAACUCUACACUGCUUGCUGAGAUGGACGACAGCAACAUGUCGCCGGAGCCAACCUCAGCAGCAGACAAUCAACUAAACAGUAUUAAUUCCCAACCACAACACUAUACAACACUCAAUGGGGCGGGGUCAGCAUCGGAAGAGCAAGAUGUGGCAUCCACGUCGACAAUGUUGUCCGAAAGCAGCGAUCACAGCUGGUCACCAGCAACCGUGGGCACAGAAGCGGCAGCAGUAAGCGAUAGUGAUGUUGCUGAAACAAUCUUUCCAGCGCCCACAGCAGCUUUAGAGACCGUAAGCGAUGCAGCUACAGCGACUUUACCAGACGACGUCAAUGCCACAGUGGAAACGCAAACUGCUAAUGACGCUGAUUUGUAUGCAACAAUGAAUUCUACCUCUAGUGAAACCGAAUUGGAAAGUAGCAGCAGCAGCAGCGACGGCGCCUUCACUGAAGCCCUGGCAGAUGUUGCUGCCACAAUGAUAACAACUGUUGAACACCGAGACGUCCACAUGGCGGUAAACGAGCAGGAAAAUAACAAAAUGGACGGCAGCCAGAAGCGGAAGAGACCAUCCAGCAUUGCUGCCAGCAUAGCUACACUUUUGUACAAUCAAUUUCUGGCGACCAGCAGCAGUAGAAGCAAUCACAAAUACGCUUGGAAACCGCGACGUGGAGACGAAUACUCAGAUGAAGCAGUUGCGCUCACUGCGCGACCAGCAACAGAAGCCACAGAAACCGAGCUCCCAUUAGACGAUCGCGCAGCGUGGUGGCAGCAACAUAUGAAUCAUAGUGGCAGCAAUUUUUGGGAUAAGGGCUUCGCUGAAUUGUCGCCUAGCGCGAGCGCCGAUUACGCCUGGCACAAGGUCAGCAAGCAAAGGAAUGAGAGUAAGCGCAGACAGAUAAACAGAAGCGGCGAAAGCGUAGUUGCUGAAUCAGUGUCCCAGGAACCGCUGCAGACGCUAGUGGCCAGCGAAUCCAGCCUUAGCUACAGCAAGAAAUACUUGGGUGGUGAGGGAAAGUUGCACCGACAGGGCAGCAAAUUGUACAUCAACAGCAACAAGUUGCAAACACCAGCAGCAGGCAUAGCACAAGGGUACAGCAGCACAAUGGCAACAUCACGUGCCGCAGCUAAAACAACAAUAAAGACGGCAGUAGGUGCAACGAAUAGUACAACUCCAUCGAAAACAAUGACAACGACAUCGCAGCAGCACAUCUAUCCGAUGAAACAAUUACUGGGAAACAAAACCAUCUCGCCGCUCAACAAUCCGUUGCAACUACAGCACUUUGACGGCAACAGCAAUCACUUGGCACAUCCACCAACAGCCAACACACUCAUCCCAUUAACUUUAUCAGCCGCGCCAGCCAGCUCAACUGCGACGACCAGCGAAACGCCAACUUCGACAGCUGCCGUCGCAGCAGCGACCACCACGAAGAAGGCGAUACGCAUAUCGACGCAAAAGCUGCUGGCCACACCUUUUCACCAACUGACCUAUGUGCGGAACAACGCUGGCGACAUUGACAUCGACAAUAUUGACAACAUCAGCGUCUAUCCAGACCUAAUGGAGGACUCGGGCGAGUUGGCAGAACAACAUUCUACCGAGCGCAUAGCGACCGACGCGACGCGCAACAGUCGGCUGACCAUCGUAAGCGGUUAUCUGCCCACCUCAGCGACGGCGACAUUACCCGAAUCGAUACGGCUAGCAAAGGUCAAGAUAAAUAAGGAAAGGAAGCGCAUGAUGAGCUUGAGGCAAAGGCGUGGAGGAAGGCGACACGCGUAAUCGAAGAAAAGCCGCUCUUAGUCGAUUACUUUAGCGUGUAAGAUUCAAUACAAAUCUGGAAUCGUGAUCUGAUAUUUCAAUGGAAAGCUUUAAAAGGACUUUUUAACCGACCGGAAAAAUUUACUAAGAAUUUUUGAAGGUUUAAAAGAUGCUUAGUACCUGUUCAAUAGCCACAGAAGCUUUCAAAUGAAAUGUUAAGUUGAAAGCAAGCUUUAACAAAAUUUCGACUUCCUCUUAGGGCGUAGCUUUGCGUAAGUGCCGGUUUGGAGAAGUCCACAAGUAGUUUUCUGGCUGGAAAUUUCUCAAACGAACUUAGCCGUGAAAUGCUUGCAUCUCAAUUUUAAAGUAUAGGUUAUACUUUCCACGGAAAUUUAAUAUAAUAUCGAUAUGAACUUUUUGAACAACAUCGGGUCUGAAGAUAGAGCUUUCACAAAUAUCGUUUCGCAGUGAAAGCACUACAUACUUAAGAAGGGUGGGUGCUAAAUAGUUUUUUUCUUGCCUUUCUAUAGCUUAAAUGAGUGAUUCCUCAUCUUUUUAACAAAUACUGAAGCGCAAAAGCACAUUAACAGAGCUUGCGUUGGAAUCUUUGUACAGAAAUGUUUCCCAGUUUUAGAGUUUUGUGUGACUUAAGAUAAAUUCAAAUUAGUAAAGUUAAAUUGAAUUAGAAAUCAAUGAUUGUGCAAACCUGAAAUCUGCGAGUUUCAAAAGAAGCUUUCGUGGAAGCUUUCAGGAGUUUUUAGAGUUUCGCCCCUGAUUCCUUUCACAAAAGUUGUAAAGCUUUUUAUUAGUGAAAGCUCUUACAAACACUGUUGGAAACUGUUUUUCGUAUGAAAGUUUGAAAAUUUUAUUUUGGUUGGAAAGCAGCUUUAGGAAAGUUCCUAAAGCUCGAAAAAGAAUGACUAAUUUAAUACUGGAGAAGACAAAUAGAAAUGAAUUUCAUAGUUACUCAGACGCUGGAAAAACAAUCUUUGAUAAAAAGAAAAAAUCAAUACGUUGAAAAAAUAGUUGUCGUUUAAGAUUUGUACUGAAACAUGUAGAAAUUGAAAUUGAAAAAAAAAACAUAUAUAUAUUUAAAUUUACAUGUUGCAAAACUAUUAUAUCUUAUAGAUAUUUAAAGAAAAAAAUAUGGAAAAUUUUGUAAUCACAGCGUUGCCAGGCUCACACGAAAAAUAUCUCACGAAACACUCAACACGACACCCUCAGCACCAAGCUCACGCAUAUGUACUGGUACACGAAUUGCACGAAUGUUGUGAGCACACACAUACACAAGCUAAAUACAUAUGAACAUUCUUUAAUACAACAUAAACGAGAACAUUUUCUGGAUGCGACGAAGUUAAUUUUAAACACAAAACAAAAAAAUAUUGAAUGCAAGUUUUGUUGCAGAAAAUUAAUAAAUGAGACAAUAAGCAGCUGGCAUAAGUAAUAAUGGAAAAAAAAUUAAAUUAAAUAGCAAAACAAUUUAAUCCGCUAAAUAUGCAGAAAUAGUAAUGAACAUGCUUGGGAAAAAAAACUAAACAAAAUAUCUAAUAGAAAAAAUUAUACUUUUGAAAAAAGCAGAAUAGCACAAAAUGUUUGGCAGAAAGUAACACUAACGCUGUUCGAUAUGUGCAGCAAAAUGCAUACCAAGCGACUAGCUACUUAUGUAUAAAUAAAUAACUGUAAAAAGCGAAAAUCAAUUAACAAAAUCCGAGAAAACCGCCUUGCCGGAACGUAGUUUUGAAAAAAGGAAAAAUUAUAACCAAAAACUGUACUUUAAAACGAGCAACAGCGCUGAGAAAUUAAUGUUUUGUCAACUAAAUCGCACACAGUAACACUUCCAAACUACCAAAAAACUAAAUAUUUGAAAAAAAAUAAAAAAUUUAAUUAAAUUUCAAACAAAAAGGUUACACUAUAAAAAAUGUAUUAGGACAGCAUCUAGCAAAAUGGUGAUAGGUAAUAGAAGAACAUGAAUUUACUGCAACUUGAAAAACGUUUUUGAAAAUGGUGGCAACACUACACACCGAAUGGGAAGUAAAGAGAGCUAGAAAUUAUGGACCGAUGCAGAUUUUCCUAUAAUUAUGUGCAGCAAGCGUUCAACAAGAAAAUAGCCACAUCAAAGAAAUACAUAUUAAAAAUUUAGCAUUAAACCAAAAACAAAUUACAAAAAUUUAAUAAAGAAUUUAGACUUUUGCAAGCGUAGGCGAAAAAUUAUAUACAAAUUGAAAUUUAACAUAACUAAACGCAUAAGGGAACUAUUUAUUAAAUACGAAAAUAUAGCAACUACUUAAUUAGAAGAAAUUUAUAAUUAAAAAAAAAUAAAUAAAAUCUUUUUGAAAACUUAAUCAAAAAAUAACCGUAUGAAAUUUACAAAGUUUCCAGAUAUAACAUUUCUCACUUUAGCAUUGUGCUGAGUUUCUGUCGAUUUUUUAUAAAUAUUUUUUUUCGCGACAUUUUAUAUGCUCCGCACAUUUCCAAAUGUCUUGAUUCUCAAUUUUUUAAUCCUUGAAUUUCUAUUGAUCUUUGGUUUAUGCUCAAGGCGAUUAACGACGGCUCAAUAUAUUCUAGAUCGGUGAUGGGCACUACCUUGCCCGCGGGCAAAGCUCUUUUAGGCUUUCUAUAUAUUUUGUAUUGUGGCGUGCAGAGUAAAAGCUCUAUCUGCUCAUCGCUGUUCUAGAUGCCAACAGGUCUCUGCCAGCUGAGAAAGCAUUUUCUCUGAGCGCAAACAUAGAUACACAAUAUUUAAGAAAGGUUUCGAGAUUUCGCUCGCGAGCUUUUCUAUAGUAAUCACACUACAAAGAGCUACUUAUGCGCUCUCUAUUGAGAUCAGUAUUGGUCAAACUAUAACGACCAGAAGCUUUCUAUACACUUUCAAGGGACGUGCACAGAUGUAAACCUCUUCCUGGUGGCCGUCACUGUUCUAUAAAAAAAAUAGUGACGACCUACACAUAUCCCAUGGAAGAAGCUUUUUUAAGCUAUCUGUAUAUUUUAUAUCUUAUAUAAAACAGCUGUCUAAAGUACAGAUUUUUUAUCAUUGACGAGCUUUCACUCUGUUCACUUACAAAAAUCUAUAGAAAGCUUUAAAGAGCUUCUCUUAGGGAUUAUGUUUUGGUUCGAAGCAGUAUGUAUUACAUGGAAUAGACAGAAAACUUGAAAAGGCCCGAUAUUAAAUAUGUAUAAAGCUUAUGUGGCCAACUCAGACCGUAACAGUCAAGGUCAAAAUAUAUGCAUGUAUGUACGUAUGUAAGUAUACCGCAAGAAGCUUUUUAUAGCUUUCUAUUCUUUUUAUAUGCUUUGAGAGCGAACACAAUAAGAUCUGUAGCGUGGAUCGGCUGUUCAUCAGUGUUUAUAAGAAGACUUCUGAGAUUCGCAAAGUGGGAGAUACAGCUAGAGCUUAUAUUUAUCAAAAAACACUUAGCUUGUCGAGGCGAGGGCAUUUUCUUUUAAAAUCGCCCAUUGAGCGACCUAAAAUAAAUAAUAAUUUUUCUAGCCAACUACUUAUUUGAAACAAUCAACGAAAUUAAUUUGAAAAUAAAAGAACGUUCUUAAAUUUCAACCUAAAUACAUAAAUACCGACAAAAACAAUAGUAACAGAGUUUAAUUAACAAACAGUAAAUACUUCACCGUUAAACUAACAAUAUUAAUUUAUUGCUCGAAUAUUUAUAAAAACGAGAAGUACUAUUUAUCAUUUAUAACCGAAUUAGUAAUCAAUAAAACACUAAUCCUAACAAGACGAAGAGAUCUGUUUGAUGGCAAAACCUGAUGAAAAAAUUUAAUAAAAAAGUUAAGACUUAACCAAACGAGGAAUGGAACGUAGAGAACCUAUAGUUAAACAAAUUAUUUCCAUUUCCACAAAUAUAAAAACCCUAAAAAUAAGUUAAAAAAUUAUAAAUACGAAUGAAUUUGUAUAGAAAGAGAAGCGUACGAAGUAAUGCAAUUAAUUAGUUAAUAAUUAAAAUGAACAGAGAAAAAUUUAAUGCAUGAGUAAUUGAAAAGGAGUUAGAUUUAAAUGGUUCUUUGAAAAUAUAUAACCUACUAACAACAACAAAAUACACUGCAGUAGAUAUUAUAUACAGGAAGUACAUGCAAACUGGAGCGCACUUUGAAUGUCAUGCUAGUAAUAAAGAAUAGUUAAAGAAUUAAGCUGCAACUUAAAAUACAUACAUAUAAAAAUUUAAAAGAACA